CACUUGGCACACGACACGUACACCGUGACGGGGCAUGGAUGCGGCAGACUCAAAGCGGCCGGUUUGUAGUUACGCCCUUUUCUUGAAACACAUAAAAAUCUAACAUGUAGACUUAGGCACAGGCAGAAGCCUUCGAUGUCUCUGCCGGUUCAUUACCCCGACGACGGGGAGGCUUCCGACUAUCUAGCUCUGCGUAAAAAGGUUCAUGCUUUGAAAGGAGAGCACCGCACGGCCAUACAGGAACAGCAGACGCACCGCGGAGCUGACAUAUCUACCUUGGCAAGUCGCUGCCAACAAGUUGAGGCAGUUAAUGCGGCGCUGAAUGCCGAGGUGCAACAGCUCCGAGAGGAAUCGCGGAAGAACACGGAGAGGUCUAGCAAGUACCGGAAACAAACAGAAAGGGAGCAGCAAAAGCUGCGGGAUGAGGUGGAGCGGCUAACGGCAGCCGUGGCAGGUGUUGACGAGGGCUGGGCGGCGAAGCUCUCGGCCGCCGAGACCACCGCCUCCAUCCGCAUCAAGGAGCUGGAGGCCCAGAUUGAGAGGCUGGGCCAGGAUAAGGAGGCGGCGCUGGCGGCCCAACGCGAGGAGCACGAGGCCAGCCUGCAGGACAUCGACGAGUGGUGCCGCGGCGAGAUCGAGGCGGUGCAGCACAACGCGCGCGUGCAAGCCGUCCAGGCGCACGAGGCGGUGGAGCAGUGGCAGCGCAAGUACGAUGAUGUGAAGGCGGCCUACCGGGACCUGGAGUUGACGCGGGGCCGCCUCACACGCCAGCUGGAUGAGGCGAAUGGGCAGCUGCAGGAGCGGGAGGCGGAGGUGCAGCAGGCCAGGGAGGCCAUCAUGCGCCUCAAUAUGCAGCAAGCCUCAGCGGCCGCGGCGUGGGAGGAGGCGAAGCGCGCGAUGGAGCAGGCGCACGCCGAGCAGUUGGAGGCCAAGCGGGAGCAGCACGCGCAGCAGCUUGUGCACAUUGAGGAGCGGCUGCAGCAGGUGGUGGCCAAAAAGGACACCGCCAUUGCGUCCCUACGCGCGGAGCUUCAGAAAACGUAUUCGACACUUUUGCCUCUCAAGAGCAUGUAGUAGCCAUGUGGCUGCUACGUGCUUGCCCGUGGCGUGUACAAUGACAGGAGCAGCGAAGAGGGUAUUAAAGCAUUGCCUUCGUUGGCAACACGCUAUUAGAGAGAAAUCGUUGAUGUAGCUCCGUGAUAAGCGGCUCUAGCCCUGGGGCUGUCAGGUCUUAUGGUUUAGGGUUUUCCCCGCUCGGCCUGAGGUGCAAGGAGUGGCGUGAGUUUCCACCUUUUGAGCCAUGAGGGAGGUGCGGUAGGGCCCCCUGUUAUAUAUACGUAUGUCUGCCAUUCUUUCCAUUGCUUGUGUGUGCCAGGGAGUUGAUCAGAAAGUGAAGGUGGAGUGCAUGGAAUGAGGUAAAGGAUGAACACGGGGAGCUGCGCUUAUUUCCGUUGCCGGUUGCACCAACCGCCGAAUCGCAACGGGAAUAAUGAAUCCGUCCGUUUUCAUCCAUACCGUAUUUGUUAACACCCGUUUAUGCUCUCCACACACCCAUGUUGCCGUGCCUGGCUUGCCGUGCCGUGAAUGGCGCGCGGCUGGCCGUUAGGACUUGGGAAGCUGUGCGACACAGACGUGCACAUAGGGCGUGAUGCCGUUGGUGAGGGGUAAAGAGUGUGCAUGAGUUCAUGGGUGCGUGUGCGAUUGGGGCCGUGAUCGACUAAGACGUCCUCUGUGUUGAGUCAGGCACCGGCUGUAACGAAUCGGGGCGGCAGUGGCUGGAGGGCGGGCUGAGGUGUAACACGAGGGACUU